GCGCCGCAGGCCGCAGCCAAGCCAGCUCACCAUGCCCGCCGGCCCAUGAACGCGUUCCUGAUCUUCUGCAAGCGGCACCGCACCGUCGUCAGGAAGUGCUACCCCAACCUGGAGAACCGCGCCAUCACCAAGAUCCUGGGCGACUGGUGGAGCCAGCUGGACAACACAGAGAAGGAGUCCUACAUUCAGCUCGCGCAACAGUACAAAGAAGCUUUCCUGAAAGCGUUCCCCGACUUCAAAUGGUACAAACUGCCGGCCCCACCGUUGCGGACUUUGGUCACCCGGCCGUCGAACCACAGCAAGCCCCACAAGCUGGAGUGCCACUUGACCUGCGGGCCGAUUGUGCCGGGGAAACUCGCAGAUGAGAGUCAGAUGGGGCGCCUCAGCACGCUGAUCCUCUCGUCAGCCUCGGCGACCGCGACCACCGCGGCCGGCCAGAGCACGGCCGGCAGCCCGCCGGCAUCGCCGCCCGCCGUGCCCAAGCCCCCCAAGAAGCGCUACCUGCAGGGGCUGUUCGACGCCGCCUGCGCCGGGGAGCCGGCCGCGGAGGGACAGGAAUUGGCCAGUCCUCCUGAGAAGCACAUAUCUGAAUGGAAUGGGCAGCAGUUUACAUUUGGCAACCUCCCUUCCUCCAUGAUGUCUAGUCACUGCCCGAACUUCACCACGUUGCCUCUUACCGCACUUCACUCUCCCCGGGACGAUGCCAGCGACCACAGCCCGUGCACUCCGCAGGGUGCGUCCUGUGGAGGAGGCACUCGGACAGUCAGCUCGAUCGUUUGGUCGUCCAACACCGACUCUCCUGCCACCGGGACAGCGCCGGGGGACUCCGAGACGACGUUCCACACGUCGAAACAGGUCAUCAUAGACUUUGUCGUCGACAAGCUGGUGAACAAGGAGCCGUGUUUCCAGGUGCGGUCGAGCUACAUCUCCACUUCGAGCGGGUCCAGCGUCAUCACCUCCGAGUCGUUCGCGGCCGCGUCCGAUCGGGACAGCCUUGCGGAGGAACUCCUCAGCUCGGACACUCGUCGCUGUGGCGUGACGAGUGCAUUGCAGUUUGAGAGUGCCCCCAGCGUCGUCAGUCUCCCGCCACUGACCGGGGUCCCGGGUAGUUUCGUGCCGCCACAUACCACCACUCGGAGGGACAGUGUGGUGAACAGUUUCUGCAGCCAGCCCGUCUCGUACGUGACUGCUCCGAGUAGCGGCACUGAAAUAGUCACGUGGGCGCAAGACAUCAAUGUCAGUAGGAUCGUGGCAUCGUUGACCAACAACAAUUUUUACAUCAAUAAGGGUAAAAAUGGUUCUCUGGCUGUUGAAAAUAUUGAUGGUUCCCCUUCUUCAGACUGUGGUCUGGCGGACUGUAUUCCUAACAACUCUUCCGAACAUCCUUUCUCAGUAGAAUGCCCUGAGGCGUCUGAAACCAGCAGUGGCCCUUUUUUGAUCAACUAUAAAGUUUUUGAUGCAGCAUCUUUGAAAACUGGCUGUGAAAAUGCAUUAAUUAGUUUUACCGGGUAUUCGUCGGAGGACUGCGUAGUGACUUCUUCAGGUUGUGAUGAUUCAAAAACGAUCUCAUGUUUACCAUUUUCUAAGGAACCUAAGCUUCCUCAAAGUGAUUUAAGUGUGAAAUUUUCUUCUAAUAGGUUGGAAGCUGAAACUUGUGAUGAAGAUGGUGAAAAAAACUUGUCUGUGCCUGUUAAAAUUGUACAUGUAGAUGAAGCAAUAAAAUGUCCCGUUACCUCGGGUGGAUAUGUUGGGAAAGAAAGCACAGUAUAUAGUAAUAAUUUGUGUUCAAGUUCCUGUGGUGAUUCAAGGCAAGUUCAAAUUAGUGCAACUGCCACUGUGGCUGAUAAGUGUAGUGAUGAUGAUACAACUGUGAAAACCAAGCCAGCAAACACACAUGAAAGUUCGGUUGUAAAAAUGUUCCCUUUAAAGGAACAUUUAAGGCGCUACAAAGCAGAACAGAACUGUGGUGAUGAUAGUGAAACGGUUCUGACGAGUGCCGCCAUUGUCAGUCAGUCACGUUUGCUUCCGUUCCCUAACGUUUCGACCGAACCCUGCCCAAAGCAGACAGCUCCGUGUUUCCUUAGCUCUUUGGAGCAUGCGUCGCAAGUGGGGGUCCAGACGAAUCCUCCGGCAACGUCGGGUGCGAACGUCGCAGCUUACUCUUUCAAGAGCAGCACAAGCUCCAAGAAGAGCGAAGACUUUGCUAACGUUGGGGGGAAGCCGGCACUGUUGCCGCAGCGACAGACUUCUGUGCGGGCCUGCAAGGGCCAGCGCUACAAGCAGUUCAUGAAGGAGACUAGCCGCGGUGUGAACAAGAGAGCUCGCAAGGCUGUGCUUGGUACCGUCGAAGGCGGGACGGUGGUUCCGUCGCCCAGGAGAGAGACCCUCCACCAGCAGCAAGCGUGCAGGGAGGCGGCGGCGGCGGGGGAAGCCUCGUCGGCGGACCCGCGCGGGCCGUGGGACGCCGCGCCGGCGGGGGGGGAGGCGGCCCCGUCCGCCGCUCUCCCGUGGCACGCCCCGCUCCCCGGGUCGCCCAGGCGCGAGCGGCUGGACUCUGCCUCGUCCUGCUGCAGCAGCGAGAGGACCUUCUCCGCCUGCUCGGAGGGCUCUCUGGACGCGCUACCGCCUCUCGCGCCUGUCGCGUCUGUCGCUGGCUGUAGCAGCUUCAGCCAAGCUACCUCCCCCAUUGAAAAGAAGAAACGAAAGUUUUCAGAGUCACUGCUGCAGCAAGAUUUAGCAACGGACGGUGCUACCAAGAGAGAUUGUGAAACUUUCGACUUCAACCUGGACGAGAAGAUCGGUGCUCUGCCGCCGCUCAGCCUAGAAGACUUCCAAAUCAAGAAGAAGAACCGCAAGAGGCGGUGCUUCGCCGUUCUGAAAACGUCGACAACCACAUCCGAGACUGCCGCCUCACACUCGACCAUGUGCACGGUCACCGCGAUCGUGCCCAGCAGCACGCCUUCUGUCACCCGGGAAGGCACGGCGGUCGUCCCAGACCACAUCCCUGGUGAACACCCUCUGAUGAAACGUCCCGAAGCCGACGAGACGGCCGCGGAGGACCCGGUGGGCAGUCAGAAACGCAAGGCUCGCAGGAACUCCAUCCGGAGGCUCGACGCCGACAGGACGGAAGGUGAGAGGGUGGGGGCGGACCUCUGGAUCGGACUGCUGCUGCUCGCGGAUGCCGCCACGAGCCGGUCCAAGAUGGCCGUGCCCGGCUGCUCCCGUGGGACGGACGUCUCGGUCGUCUCGCAUGCCCCCACGUCUCUCAGUUAGGCCCUGGGGGCCCGUCUCCGCAACCAUGGCACAUGCUCAAAGCCCCACUUGUUAUUUUUUUGUUACAGUAAGUGGUUGUUUUUAUUUUUUUUUUACCGAGAGGUAAAGCUGUUUACUUCACAGCUCGACUUCUGGACUGCACAAGGACACCCAAGUCCUCACAUCACUGAUAGUAUUUUUGUUCCUGGGACACGGAAAUAAUGUUUUUUGUUCUUCUUUUCAAGAUGUAAAUAGGGCUGAUCAGCUAAGAACAUUUUUGGCAUAGUUCAAUUUUUUUUUAUCCAUUUAUAUAACUGCAAUAUUUACCUAAUUGUCAUUUGGACUAUCCAAAAAUGUUAAAAUAUAUAAAAUAUAUCAGGCAUUUUAUCUCUAGUGAACAUUUUUUUUUGUUGUUGUUGUUGUUGUUGUUGUUGAGAUUUCACUGCUUUAACAACCCAGAAAAUGAAACACUGUCUAUGUAUACAUAAAAAAUUUAAAAGAAUUCAGUUAAAGAUAAAAGUUGCUAUCACUGACUCAUCGUUUUGAUUGGGUUGUAUUCUAUUAUUUAGCAUUCCAAUUUUCCACAAAUAAUUUCAAAGAAAACUGUGUGAAAUACAGUGUUGCUUUUCAUGUUUGUCAUUACAGUGAAUGCUCAUUAUGAAGUAAUUAACUUUGAGGAGUUAUAUCUGUCACAUCCCUGCUAGAAGUUUCCCAUUUAGUAACGGUUCAGUGUAAGCAUUGAGGUUUAAGUCUUUGCUGACAGACUCAUUCAGCAAACAUAAUGCAGGAAAAUAAGGUAAGGAAUCGACCAGGAAUAGUCCCAGCAUUUGUGUGGAUUUAAAGCCACUGUGUUAAAUAAGUUGGAAAUUUUUGUUUGGGAUAAGACAAGAUGGUGUUGGUAGACGUUUGUGAAUACUAGUUUUUUGAUGCGAAACGAAUUUUCAAAUUGAACUAUUAAAAUAUUUGCAAAGUCAAAUUGAAUUUCAUAUAUUGCUCUUGGCAAAGCUGAAUGUUUUAACUGAUUAAGUGAUUAUAACCAAUUUGGUGGCCCUGUUUAUAACAUCAUUCAAUAUAAAUUAUAAAACAACCAUGCAUAAUAUUAAUAUUGAGCAUUCGUAAAAGCAAACAAAGUGUCAUCUUUUUAUUUUUUAAGUUACCAACUUUAUUGAAGAUAUACAAUACAAAAAAAAAAUAGUAUUUUCAAGGCGAAUUUUAGUAUUCCAAUUUUUUAAAGCUUUGCAACCAAUAAAAUAAAGCAAAUUUCCUGACAAAGUCAAAUUGCAUAUUAAAAAGAGCUUAGAUUGAUUCGCUUAGUCGAAGCUUCGCAUAGGCCUAGUGGUUGGUAGGUCGAAAGUUAGCACAGUGGGUAAGUUAGGCAGCUCAUCACAUUUAGCUUUCUGACAACACUUAAAAAAGUAACCAGUUUACAUGGAUGGAGAUUUUAUUCCUUUCUUAUGCUAUGUAAUUUUAUCUUGCAGCUUAAGAUAAAACAAUCUGAUCAGCGUUCAUCAUUAAUUGUUGGUUGGUUUUUACGAGAAGAAAAUGUAGCCUUGCCUAUGUUUGAAUUCUGACUUUUUUUUUUGUUGAAAACAAGGUGGGCUUGUUAUCUUGAAAAAGUCAAUUAUUCUGGUAGAAAAUAUUUCAAUUUGAUAAACAGCUCUGUGCAAAUGAUCUUUGUUAGCUACUAUGUUUGGCAGCUUCCUGUUGGUGUAAUGGUAAUAAUUUACAAUAAAUCAAAUACUUUGCAAUUUGCAGUCAGAUUGAAGUAUGUUUUGUUUUGUUUAGUAAGCAUUAAGAACCAAUGAGACAAGGCAGUUUCAUUUAUUGUAUCUUUACUCUUCAGUAAUUACAGAAGAAUCUCGAAAUGACUGAAUUAUCCCUAGAAAAAAAAAGUACAUGAUCAUGUUAGAAAAUAUUUUGUCAUAACAUAGUUUUUCUUUUUGUAACCUGUUGAUAUUUUCAUAUUUUUAAACCAUGCCAUCCUGUUUUGUAGUACAAACUUUUUUUUUCUUUUGCCAGAGAAUGCCUUUACUAUACUUUCAUAUUUCAUAUUGGUGAAAUUGGAAAUAACAUAAUAUAUGUAAUUGGUUAUUCAAUAAUAUUCUUUCAUGAGACACAUUUUAGUUGCCAUUUUAUCACUAGGUUGUAGAAAUAAAAAUAUAUGAGAAGCUUCUUCUAGUGUUUGUAUCAAUAAGGAAUUUCUUAACAGUUGGUUUAGUACAUUGUCUAUGUUUAUUUAAGAACUGAGUAUGAUGUGUAAAUCAUUUUCUGUUCUUGACUACAGCAAUGUUCCAGCUGUAUUUUUAACGUAGUUAAAAGUUUAUUCAGCAAUUUACCAAAGAUGUGUUAUGUUAAUUUUGUCAAGAAGAUUAAGUUUAUUUACUACCUACAAUUAGCAAGUGCCUUUAGAAUAUUCAUUAUUUACUUGUAUGGGUGUUCGAAGCAUUACUUGGAGGUGUGAUGACUUCAGUUUAAAGAGAGGCAAAAUAUUGUAUUGUCGCCAUUUAUCAUGUCAUGCAUUGCCUGAUAAAUACAAAAUAUUUGUUAGACCUGGCUGCUACAAACAUUUGUGCUUUUUUUAUUAGCGUAAUUACGUCGUAUUUUCAUAUGACUUUUUAUGCAGUUAAAACAUGUAUCGUAUGUUAAAAUAUUCCCAAUAUACAUAUAUUGAAUAUAAAUAAUAGCAUAGGCAACAUGGUAUACAUCGCUGCUAAUGGGUAAAAUAGCCAGCUCAUCAAAGGGAGAUUUCUUACAACACUUAAAAAAAUAACGUUAAUGUGGCUGGAGAUUUUAUUCCUUUCUUAUGCUAUGUAAUUUCAGCAGAAGAUACUGAGGGAAUACAAGAAUAUAGUUGUUCCACCGCAUAUUUAUGUAAUUAAGGAAUACUUUUUUUUUUUAAAUAAGUAAUCAUUCAUGAUAUAUUUUUGUUGUUGUAAUUGAUGCUCAUUAUUGGCUUGCAUAUAUCAGACAAAACCACGUUCAAGUACGAUUGAAAGGGAGUUAAAGCCUAUGGUAAUUGAAAACUCAAGUUGAAAGAAGUUAGUAUGAAAUGAAAUUUUACAUGUAAAACAUGCAGAAAAUGUUAAAAAUAAUUAUCAUGUAAUAUUAAUUCAGAUUUUUCUGAGUGGAAUAGAUUUUUAAAUCCUCGCCUUUGAUUCUCUUAUUUUUCUUUACGGUCUACUAUUCCACUGGGAUUUUGAGCUAUAGAAGUUUGAAAUUUAUUCAAACUUCAUUUUCAUCCUCCAAAAAAAGUGAACUUCGUACAUCCCUUCUUCUUUGUCAUGUUAUUCAUGACUCGUAACAUAUUUAGUGGUAAAGGUCAAACGAGUUUAUAAUGAUGUGCACUAAUUGCAAGAGCUCAAGUAUAAAAUAGUAGGUGAAAGGUAGAUUUACAUUGUUCCAUGUAGAAUCGUUUGGUGACGUUUUCUAACCACUACUCACUAGAAACAAAAAAACUUAUAGUCAUUAUAGUAUUUUAGAAUAGACUGAACUAUGGAGCCAAUAAAAGCAAAAUAAUUUAUUUUACUAUAGUUAAAAUUCUUCACAAAAGUUGUUUGUUUAUCAGGUAUUGUUGGGAAACCAUGGUAGCAUACAGAAUUUCAGAAAAUUACUCAACGUAAUCCAUCCACUGUGACAAAUCGUUAACUGGAUCCUUUUAUUCCAGUGACUGUGUUUUUAAUACUUACCUGCAACAAUCUUAUUAGUGUGUAUGUAUGUGUGUGUUAUUGUUGCCAUCUUGUAGUAAGUUCCUGGCCAGUUCACAACACUGGAGCAGUUGUGCAAUUUUUUUGUCACCCCUUACUUGCGGAUGAAAUCAAACACUUUUAUUGCCGAAGGUGUGAAUUUUUUUCUCAGUUUUUUGUGAGGAACUUUACUGAGUUUCGAAACAUGGUUUGGUUGACUUAGAAAGCAUUUGUUAUUAUUUAUAGCUUGGAAAACUAUUCCCUUACCAGCAUGUGGAUUGAUGGUAAAAGGUUGAUUUUCUCAUGCAUAAAUGCUGUCUGACUUUGAUGUGCAUUUUCAGUGGAUUUAGCUGAAGCAAGAUUAUUUUCCGGCACACAAGUAUCGUUCCUGGUGUUUCUUGUUCCAGAAAACAUACCGCAAUGCGACGUAAACCCACUGAUAUCAUCCUGGGGUAGUCGGGCAAAUUAUCAGUAUGUCUUAAUUAGUGUUACUGAAAUAAAACGGUGAUUCUAUAGAAACAAUCCCAGAGGACUUUGAUUCUUGAAUGAUAGAACAAGAGUCAAGUUGUUGACUAUCUUCCAUUGAUCACAUUCGUCUCUUGUCCUGGAGUUCCGUACAUUAUUCCACGCACUUAUGUAAAAAUCUUUCAGCCUACCAGUUCUAGCAAUACAGAGAACCAGGAACCAGUAAUGUGCAAAUGUGUGUGAUGCUUAGCAAAUGUUUUCCCUGAGUUUUGUAUUGUGCAUUGAAGCUCAAGGUAUAUUGAACUGUCAUGUAAACGCCUGUGGCUUCUGUUACGUAUAGCUGGAGGAAAAAAAUAUUUUGGGGAUGCACUGUUCAGUUAAGUUUGGCUAGUCAUCAAAAGAGUGCAUCCUUUGUCAAUACUUUUUUGUGCCAUAUCUUUGCUGCGUGUUCGUGUGAGUGCAUGGGAUCCAGUUGUAAAUUCGCAGUGUGUGUCGUUUUAUUACCUUUACUACAACACAGUUCAACUCUAGUAGAAGGACAAUGCCAAAAAAUGUGUAUGCAAGGUGUGGUAUGAUUUACAAACCAUGGUUUCCUUGUCUGAUUAAUGCUUGUGUUGUAGAGAAUUGUUAAGGGGGAUUAGGCCUCAUUAACUUGGAAUUUAUAAUAUUUUGAUUCUGCAUGAAACAAAGCGUCCGCUCUAGAUAUUUUGGUAUGGCAUGGCAUAGGACUUAGGUUUGGCUACUUGUUGAAGUCAACACUUGUGAACUGGUGUGAUUAUCAUGGCAGUUGUAAUCACCCGCAUGAAGUAAUAAUUGUGCUUACAAGCUAGAGCCUGUUAAUAAAUAUGUGGUUGCAACAAUGUAUAGAAGGCCUGGGAGAUAUGAUUUAUGCCUUGACAUGCAAAAACAUUUGGAAAAAGAGUUAAAAAUUAGAAUUAUAGCAAAAAGUCGGAAAAAUCCCAGAUGGCAGGGCCUAAUCCACCCUUAAACGUAGAUUGUCUUGCAAUAUUUUUGUUAGUGUCUAAUAAUUUACUUCUGAAUUAAAAAUUAUGUAAGAAAUUUUACUUGAAAUUCAGUUGGCAUCCUGCCAGUAAAUGAGUAACUUUUUUUGUAAUCUUUAUGAAUUCAAAAUUAUUUGCCAUCAAUUGUUUUUACUACAGGCAGUACUUGAAAACAACAAUUUUUUUUUAUCCUGGAGUGUUAUAAUUGGAAAAUUGCUCUGUAGUUUUUAGCUUAUUGUUUGUGCACCACUUUACCACAAAGUUUUUUAUUCACAGCAUCAGUUACGGGUAGAGAGCAUCUUUGAUCAAUAAUAUAGUGUUAGUCUGUUAUUCCUUUUUGAAAACUUAGUUGUUUAUCCUUAUGUAAGUUGGCACUUGUGUUUUGAAUUCAAUUUUUUUAUAGUCUGUUAUUGAGAUUUGUUGUUGGUAGCAGCAGAUAGUGAAAUAGAACAUAAAAGGUUUCCUUUGUAAGUUCGUGAAUCAAAUAAAAAUAAUCUAGAUUGUGCUGGUAGAACUACCAGAGAUUCAUGACUGAUGUGAAUAAUGUUGACGGCUGUUUUGGGCCUCUUAUGUUACAAACCAGAUUAACGGGGAAAUCCCCACACUAGUUGUACGUUGAGCGAGCAUAUCAGACUUACGUCUUGUAAUGUGCAGAAUAUCAAAACUUGUUCGUUUGCAACUCUUCUGCAACACAGGAACACAGCCAGGUGUGUAACGUAGUGUGACGUAGCUGCAAUAUAGUGUCCUGUUGUCUCGGAAGACUGUCUCUGAAGCCAGCAAAGCCUGGCAUGCUUGCUGUAGUAGCUGUGUAGCAUAGUUAAAUGGCACAGAAGCCAUCAUAGUGUCAAGUACAGAACAAUAUUGCUUGUUUCAGUAGUUUAGAAGAGCCCUUCAUGUACUGUAAGAUUAUAGAAAUUAAGCUUGAUUGUUUUUGUACAGUUUAAUAAUCAUUUUGAAUAACUGUAAUGAGAUGUCAUUUACAAACUGUUUAUAUUUCAUAAAUGAUGCACAGUUUGUUUAAAGUACGGGUUAUUUUUUAUCUAUAAAUAUGAAAGUGUGUGUUAAGAAAAAAAAAGAGAGAUUAAAUGUUGUCAGAAUAAUUGUUACCAGCAUAAUCUCUUCAUAGCAUUGACUAUUGCAGACAUGCUGUUAAAAUAUGUAACUUUCCUUUUUGUAAAAAGUUGCCAGCCUCAACUUCGGUUUGUGUUAAUUAAGGUGCUGUUUGAAUAUUGAGAUAUGUCCUGGAGGAAAAAAGACUUUCACAGCAGGAAUAUGAUUUGUGGUUGGGUAUUUUACGUGAAGUGGCAUAAGUUGGAUGAAAUGGGGAAUUCUCUGACCAUAUCUUUGACUGUGCUAAAGUAAAUUAAUUUUUGUUCUCUCCAAUUAUUCAGUGUUUGCAAGGAAGUUUUGUGGAUGUUAUCAUCAGCGUUUGUGCCACGUUAAAUUCCUCUUAGGUGGAGGCAAACAUGAAUGUCUUGAGAUUUUAGUUGCAUUUAUUCCCAGGAUGAGUGUUGAUUUCAAACUCGACAACUUGGCUUGCUCGAAGUUAAAUUUUUCGAUAUGUAUGUUUUUCUUACAUCUGUACAUGUUAUAUUUAUCUGGUCCCAAAUUUGAUGUACUGCCGCCACUAAAGUGAAAUUUUAUAUUCUGGACGAUGAUACCUUGCUAAAAAAUCAAAAAUUUGUUUUUGUCCGUUAAGUUACUACCUCCUCUGUGUUAAUUUGUUUGUCAGUGCAGUAUUAUAUCUGUAUAUCGGUUUUACACAUUUGUUAGGUCGUAAGGAAAUCUACAAAUGUUACUAUAUAUUUAUUUUGCAUUUUUUAUUUGUUUGGAGAAAUCACACCAGGGUCUUAGUGUCUUCGUGAGACUGAAUGUAAUUUUGCUUAUGUAAUGAAUACUAUCGCACUAGAGUUUUCUACCGUAAAGGUCCAUAAAGGUGUGGAUAUUUGUGUGUUGAUGUACAUAUAAUUUCAUUUAUCUGGGUUGGCAAGCUGGCAGCAAAGUUGUAAACUUGACAUGCACUCAAUAUAUAUUUAUUUUAAUGUUUGCAUUUUCUUUAAAUGAAUAUUUAUUUGUAACUAUAUAAAGGCUUCUCAAAUUAAUUUUAGAGCCAUAAUUUGUUGACAUCACAAAACUAUAGCAGAGGAGAUUAUGUUGAUUAUCUAUUUACUCAUGGUUGGUUUUAUUUUAAAUAGUUGUGUGGUUAAGUAGUUUAUUUGGUUGUUACUUAUAAUGUGCCUAAAAAGGAAAAGAAAA